AUGCUGUACACAUGGCCAGGGCCACGAGAGAGCGAUGUUUCCCUCGAAGCGUCAAUCAGGAAAUGCGGUCGGACAAGUCACUGGGGCGCAGCACUUGGCUUGCUCUGCGAAGGCAUGCGAGCAGGCGUGCAGCUCUUCGCAGGCCACUACGCUGCGACCGCCACCGCGUGCAGCAGAGGUGGGCAGUGGCAGCAGGCGCUGUCCGUGCUCGGCGAGAUGUGGAGGGCGAAGUUGGAGCCCGACGUCAUCGGCUACAACGCUGGGAUCAGCGCGUGCGGAAAAGGCAGGCAGUGGCAGCGCGCAUUGUCGCUGUUCAGGGCGAUGGCGGAGUCGAAGUUUGAACCGAACGUCGUCAGUUGCAACGCUGCGGUGACCGCGUGCGAGAAGGGCGGGCAGUGGCAGCGGGCUGUGGCGCUGUUCUGCGAGAUGUGGCAGGCGAGGUUGGAGCUCGACGUCAUCAGCUACAGCGCUGGGAUCACGGCGUGUGAGAAGGGCGUGCAGUGGCAGCGGGCUCUGGCGCUGCUGAGCGGGAUGCGGGAGGCGAAGCUGGAGCGAGACGCCACCAGCUGCAGCGCUGGGAUCCGCGCGUGCCUGAAAGGCGAGCAAUGGCAACAAGCUUUGGCGCUGCUCAGCGAGAUGCGGGAGGCGAGGCUGGAGCUCAACGUCAUCUGUUGCAGCGCGGGGAUCUGCGCGUGCAACCAGGGCGGGCAAUGGCAGGGGGCGCUCGCCUUGCUCGGCGAGCUUGGGGAGUCCCAGCUGGAGCGCGACGUCGUCACCUACAGCGCUGUGGUCAGCGCGUGCGAGAAGGGCGAGCAGUGGCAGCGGGCUCUGGCGCUGCUCCAGGGGAUGCGGGAGGCGAGCGUUGAGCCCGACACCACCAGCUACAACGCUGGGAUUAGUGCGUGCGGGAAGGGCAAGCAGUGGCAGCGGGCUACGGUGCUGCUCAGGUGGAUGCGGGAGACGAAGCUGGAGCCCGACGCCAUCAGCUACAACGCCGGGAUCAGCGCGUGCGGGAAGGGCGACGAGUGGCAGCAGGCUCUGGCGCUGCUCAGCGAGAUGCAGGCAAAGCUGGAGCCCGACGUCAUCAGCUACAACGCUGGGAUCAGCGCGUGCGAGAAGGACGAGCAGUGGCAGCGGGCUCUGGCGCUACUCGGCGAGAUGCGUCAGGCGGAGCUGCAGCCCAACGUCAUCAGCUAUAGCGCUGUGACCAGCGCGUGCGAGAAAGGCGAGCAGUGGCAGCGGGCUUUGAUGCUGCUCAGCGAGAUGAGCGAGGUAACGCUGGAGCCCAACGUCAUCAGCUACAGCGCUGGGAUCAGCGCGUGCGAGAAGGGCGAGCAGUGGCCGCGGGCUCUGGCUCUGCUCAGCGUGAUGCGGGAGGCGAAGGUGGAGCCCAAUAUCAUCUCUUCUACAAUUCUGCUACAACGCUGA